AUGGCGGUGGCGGUGGCGGCCGCCCUCGCUGCCGGGGCGGAGGAGUCGGCAGCCGCGACCUCCGUUCCUGGGUCCCCGGGUCUGCCUGGGAGUCGCAGUGCGGAGCGGGCCCUGGAGGAGGCCGUGGCCACGGGGACCUUGAACUUGGCAAACCGGCGCCUGAAACAGUUCCCCCGGGGCGCGGCCCGCAGCUACGACCUGUCAGACAUCACCCAGGCCGACCUGUCUCGGAACCGGUUCCCGGAGGUGCCCGAGGCAGCCUGCCAGCUGGUGUCCCUAGAGGGUCUGAGCCUCUACCACAACUGCUUGAGAUGCCUGAACCCAGCCUUGGGGAAUCUCACAGCCCUCACCUACCUCAACCUCAGCCGAAACCAGCUGUCAUUGCUGCCACCUUACAUCUGUCAGCUGCCCCUUCGGGUGCUCAUUAUCAGCAACAACAAGUUGGGAGCCCUGCCCCCAGACAUCGGGGCCCUGGGAAGCCUUCGGCAGCUUGAUGUGAGCAGCAAUGCCUUGCAGUCUCUCCCCCCGGAGCUGUGCAGCCUGCCUUCCCUGCGGGACCUCAGCGUGCGGAAAAACCAGCUCAGCGUCCUGCCCGAUGAGCUGGGGGACCUUCCUCUUGUCCGUCUGGAUUUCUCCUGUAACCGUGUCUCCCGAAUCCCGGUCUCCUUCUGCCGCCUCAGGCACCUGCAGGUCAUUCUGCUGGACAGCAACCCCCUGCAGAGCCCCCCUGCUCAGAUCUGCCUGAAAGGGAAACUUCACAUCUUCAAGUACUUGUCGACAGAGGCAGGGCGGCGCGGGGGCGCUGCGCUGGGAGACCUGGCUCCCUCUCGCCCUCCAAGUUUCAGUCCCUGCCCUGCGGAGGACCUAUUCCCUGGACGCCGGUACGAUGGUGGGCUGGACUCGGGCUUCCACAGUGUUGACAGUGGCAGCAAGAGAUGGUCUGGAAAUGAGUCUACAGAUGAAUUUUCUGAGUUGUCAUUCCGGAUCUCAGAGCUGGCCCGGGAGCCUCGGGGGCCCAGGGAACGGAGGGAGGAUGGCCUUGCUGAUGGAGACCCUGAGCAGAUCGACUUCAUCGACAGCCACGUGCCUGGGGAGGAAGACGACCGGGGUGUUGCCGAGGAGCAGCGGCCUCCAGAGGCAAGCCCUGGGGCAGGGGACGGGGAGAAGGCACCAAGCAACAGGCGGGAGGAGCCAGCAGGAGAGGAGCGGCGGCGACCAGAUACCUUGCAACUGUGGCAGGAGCGGGAGCGGCGCCAGCAGCAGCAGCAGCAGCAGAGUGGCGCGUGGGGGACCCCCAGGAAGGACAGUUCUCUGAAGCCGGGCAUCAGGGCUACUGCCGGAGGUCCGUCUGCCCUGCCCGCUCAGACCACCUCCAGCGGCUCGCCCAAGGCCGGCGCCACCCAGGCGGGGGCCCUAGGGGGCCCAAGGGCUGCUGCUUCUGUCCCUACCUGCCAGGAGGCUCCUCCUAGAGCUGUACCAGCCACAGCGCCUGCUCCCCGGCCACUUGGCUCCAUUCAGAGACCAAACAGCUUCCUCUUCCGCUCAUCCUCUCAGGGCAGCUCAGGCCCGUCCUCCCCUGAGGCUCUCUUGAAACCUCGGCGGUCCCCCCAGGUUCUGGACGAGAAGGAAUUAAUGGCCCAACUGCGCCAGGUCCUUGAGUCCCGGCUGCAACGGCCCCUGCCUGAAGACCUGUCAGAAGCUCUGGCCAAUGGGGUCAUCCUGUGUCAGCUGGCCAACCAGCUCUGGCCCCGCUCUGUGCCCUUCAUUCAUGUGCCCUCGCCUGCUGUGCCAAAACUCAGUGCGCUCAAGUCUCGGAAGAAUGUGGAGAGUUUCUUAGAAGCCUGUCGAAAGAUGGGGAUUCCAGAGGCUGACCUGUGCUCGCCCUCAGACCUCCUCCAGGGCACCGCCCAGGGGCUGCGGACCCCACUGGAGGCUGUGCGGCGGUUGGGGGGCAGGGCCCCGCCACCCCUCUGGCCGCCUCCCGGUCUGCGUGGCUUCAUCCUCUUCUACGUGGCCCUCGCGCUGCUGUUCUAUGUCACCUACACUCGGCUCCUGGGUCCCUAGGAUCUGAUGUCACCCCUCCCCUGGCCCUACUUCUAUUUAUGACUCCCUUGCAGUCACCCCCAGACCCCACCUCCCCCUCCCUCCCCACCAGAGGUGCCUUCAAUCCUUACCAAAGACACUAGGAUACCCCUGGAUAAACACUGACCUCAGAGGCCCCACUCCGGGACCCCUAGACCCUGGCACUCCAGCCUCUGGCCGCCCUCCCGUAGGCCCUCUGUGGGGCCCCCCAUUUCCUCCUGAUGGUGCCUUCGUGCUCUCCCCCUGCCCCUUUACCUUGUCCCACCCCGCAGGGCUGGCAGGAAUGGAGUCUUUCCCCUCCCCACUUCCCUGGGGGCUAAAUUAUCUAUCUUUUGUAGAGAGAAUUCUAUAUUUGUAGGGGAUGUGGGCCCCAAGCCGGGGCCUCAUCUGUGUAUAAACUGUACAGACUGUGCCACUUGUGUGUGUAUGUAUGUAUGUAUGUAUGUGUGUGUGUGUGUGUGUGUGUUCAUCUGCUCCUGCUGUGGCCCAGCCCGGGCCGUGGCUUGUGUGCCGCUUGGGCAUGUCCCUCUGGAGGUGACAGGCCUCUCAGGCCGGAGCCCCUGUGUCAUCUCUGCUGUUAUCCGUUGGCAGCUUCCUUGCUUCCCAUUUGUACCCAAGCUGUGGGCCCACAGUAUCUACCAGGGGUGCCCUGUCCAUCAUCGCCCUGUCCCCUGAGGGGCCAUCCCCUCACUGGCUCUGUCCAGGCUCCCUUAGGGGCCUUGCCCUGUGCCAGGGGUAGGGGAGUGAACAGGGACUGGGACAAGAGGUAAUUUAACCUGGGCCCCUCCCCCCAGGAGUCCCUGUGCCAGCCCCACCACAUCCUGGAAGAGGAGGGGGCCCCAGGAAGGGGUCUCCCCCACAUCGCUGCUGUGGUCCACGCGCUGCUGGAACGGCCUUAGGGUUGAGCUGGGGGCACAGGUGCCAGCCCCAAGGUGUGAGCCCCGGAGUCGAAGAUGGCCAAAGCCUAGCCGCCAUCCCUUGCAAGGAGGACUGCAGUGGCGCUGCGGCUCGGGGCCCUGCCUGAAGGAACCCGGCUGCUCUGGGUGUGGCGGAGGGGCUGGGAUGGACGCCAGGGCUGCGGAGUUGUGUCUGUCAAGCGCAAUAAAGAAGCCGGAAGAUCACUUGA